AUGAAGCUGCCAUGGGGGAAGAAGAAGACGGAGGAGCGUCAGUCAACCACGGGGGAUAGUCGGCCGACCAUGCAACGGCGGUCGACUUUCUCACGUGUCAGCGUUUAUCAUCAUCUGAGUCCCGUAACACUAACUAGCCGCUCAGGAUUUAAUCAGUCAGCACUGGCUACCGCCCCUAGUGCGCUACAGAGACUCCUGAAUUACAAUCCUUCCAAUGAGGAUGACGGCUUGCCAUCGCUUGAACCCAAGGCCCAGGACCCCUUGGAGGCAGCUUUGGAGCCUCCUUGUAAAAGUCUUGAAACAAAACAACAACAUGCCAGAAAGAUCUGCAUGCUCAGCACUGGCUUUUCGCUCUUCUUUCUCUUAGUGGAAACCUUCUUCCUCGUGGCUAGUUGCUUUGUGGCCUGCGAAAAGCUAAGAAAGCUGCUAAAAAACCUAGCUGGUAUGGGUUUUGCUGCCGUCCUCCUGGAAUGGUGUAGGACUGCAGUUUGGCGUGAGCCACGACCGACCACAUGCCAGAGACGGCCCUGUCAUGCGCUGACACAUGACUUGCAGAGCCAACUUGAAGCCCAAGCGGACAGUCUCGCUAAAGGAAACAUCUCCGAUUGUCCAGUUUCACAGCCAGCCAUCAUUAGCAUAAUUCCGCAAUCUAGGAAGCCAGAAUGCGAAGCGGACUGUGAAUACCGAGGAGCCCUACUGCCACAGCAUAGCAGGGGUACUGUGAGAUUCGUGUUAACCCUGCUGCUGACCCUUCUCUACUUUGGCGGCCUCGGGCUUUUUAUUUGGGCACGCCUGCUAAUGGACGAUUGCAACACGAAAAGUUCGUUAACACUUGCUCUCAUCUACUUCCACAUGGCUCUUGUGCUCAUACGUCUGACAGCGUUCGGUUGGGUCUGCCGAAAACUUCGCCUCUAUCGCACAUUUCGAAGAAGCUACCCCAAGGUGCCAAUUGUAUAUGUGGCUCCCCGCCAACCGCCUCUCAUGAUUGGUCGGGCCUACCGCAUCGACCAGGGCUCCACGCGGGGCUCCACACGGAGCUCAAAACGGGCCUCGACGCAGACCCCAAAAAUACUCGACUAUCUCAGAAAUGAAAAUCAAAUGCCAGCCUUUUAA